AUGGCGUCCAGACCAACAAAACGGUGCCGAAAAAAUAUAUUAAAUGAUGUUAGCGAGGACAGUGAUGCAGUGAAAGUUAAAUCUAAUUAUAGAUUGAUUUAUCAGAGACAGAGUCCACCACCAAGUGAUAAUAAGUCUACUAUAAAAGAUGUAGAAUCGUCUAGCGAUGAAGAAAUAUUUCCGAUAAAACGUUUUAAAAAAGUUGAUCCUAUAGAAAUACCGACCACUGAAAAUUUACUUACUGAUAAUUUUUCAAGAAAAAAUCAAUCCCCUGUUGAAGAACAAAAACGAGUCAUAAAUAAACAUGCUAACUCUAUAAUCAUUACAAAUAAGAGAACAGGACUAAUAAAGAAUACCAAUAAUUUGGUGUCCCCUAGUGGACACAAGCAAUCAAAAGAAAUUAUUUUUGUCAGUCCCAGUACCAGCAAAACAUGUCAUAUGUUACAGAAUGUUACAUUUUCCCCUUCUUAUUCAAGUCAACAACUUCAAAAAAAUAAAAGUUCUUCUAUUCCAUGUUUACCAUUAUUGGACUUUCCACACUUUCAAGAGAGCAGAGCUGGUUCUUUAUCAGAAAUAUCAUGCUCUAAUUUACUGGACUGUGACAUAUCGCUUACUGAAGAUAAAAUAAAUGAACUUCUAAAAACACCUCAACGAAAUAGAGAAAAUCAAAAUUUUACAUCUAAAUACGCUCAAUCUGAAAAUUCAGAUACCAAAUCUGAAAAAAAUAACGUUAAUUUUGAAGUUUUUGUUUCUAUUGAAAAUAUUCCGGAAAAUAUAGAAGCAAAAAAACAAAAUAGAGAUAAUAAACUGCCAGUAAUCUUCAAAUCGUCUCAUAUUAUCAAUGAAGAUAGAAUUAGUUGCGACGAAAAGGAUAUAGCUAAAAACAGAAUGAAUUCCAAAAAAAUAUCAAGUGUUAAGUCGUUAGAUUCUAUUGACCAAAAUAGUAUUUCUAGUAAUGAGAAGAAGGCCAUAGAGAAAAUCAGAUCAUUGCGUAAUAAAACACCAAGUACUUCCAAUUCAACUGAUUCAUUUGAUUUUGAUAGUGUUGAAAAUUUAUGUGAUAGUAAUAGUGAUAAAAAUUACGAUUUUUCUAAUGAUGAAACAUCUGAUUCAGAAAGCGAUCAUUCAUUAAUAUCUUCUGAAGAUAAUUCAAGUUCUAUUCCUGAGAGAAAUCAAGACGUAGCAAAUGAAACUUUAGAUACGGGAGAAACACUGCGUGGCUGCCAAACCAAUAAAAACGAUGAAGAUGAGUGGGAGGAUAUCUCUGAAAGUCCCGUGAGUUUUAACGAAUUUGUGGAACAGAAUGCUUUGAAGGUACCCCCAUUCGCAAAAUCUCCUGUAGAUAUAUAUAAGUUAUUUGUAACAGACGACAUGAUUAACGAAAUGGUCUCUCAAACAAAUAAUUACGCAGGAAAUUACUUACAAACAAAUCAAAGAAGUAUAAAACGUAAAUCACGCAUGAAACAGUGGAGUGAUACUAGUUUUGAGGAAAUGAAAAUAUUUAUGGCAGUUUUAAUGGCAAUGGGAUUAAAUAAGGUUCCUCAGAUAAACUUGUAUUGGAGCAAGAAUAAAUUGUACAGAAACGAGUUUAUUAGUUCGGCAAUUAGUAGAGACCGAUUUUUACUACUACUAAAAUUCUGGCAUGUCAGUGAUAUCUCGAAUUAUGAUAAAACUGACAAACUACAUAAAAUCAGAUAUAUGUUUUCAAAGAUUAUUGAAAAGUUUCAGCAAAUCUUAAAACCCGGUAAAUAUGUAGUCAUUGAUGAAACAAUGAUACCCUGGAGGGGCCGAUUAGGUUUCCGGCAAUAUAUAAAAAAUAAGUCUCAUCGGUUUGGCGUAAAACUGUAUAAGCUUUGCACUCCCGAAGGUUAUACUUACCAAAUAGAAGUUUAUACAGGUAAAAAAGGCGAGAAAAAAGAAGUUGAUCACAGUCAAAAUGUAGUGCUGCGUUUGAUGAAAAAUUUAACAGGUGAAGGGAGAACCGUAAUCGUAGAUAAUUACUAUACUUCGGUGAAUCUAGCAGAAAAACUCCUUUCACAAAAGACCUUUAUAUGUGGAACUUUAAACGUAAGAAGAAAACAUUUGCCCAAGAUAGUUACUCUAUCAAAGAUAAACAAAAAGGCGAGAAAUCACGACGAUAAGCUAAUAGAUACAGGAAAAAAAAAACGAGGCUCUGAUGAAACUGUUAGGAAACCAGGAUGUGUGCUCACGUACAAUAAUACUAAAAAAGGAAUUGAUUUCAGCGACCAAAUGUCCUCUUACUACACAACAUUAAAAAAAGGAUUGAAGUGGUGGAGGAAAAUAAUAAUGGAGUUGUUAUUUGGUACAGCUCUUGUUAAUGCCUGGAUUGUGUAUAAUUUAAUUAAUGUUGGGAAUAAAAUACCAAAACUACAAUUCGUGGAGGAAAUUGUCAAAGAUUUUACAAAAAAGGACAUUGACAAUGAUACAGAACCCGCACGAAAACUUGACAAACACACUUUGGUAAAAGGUGAUAAGAAGAGGAAUUGUGUCGGAUGUUACGCAAAACUCCGAACCUUUUUAACCAGUCGCGAAGCUGACAAAAAAAGGGUGUUGCUGUCGGUCAUCCUGGCUGUUCUGGUAUUCAGCACAAACACGCACGCCAGGGAUGUCACCCACGAAGACAUCAGGGACGCCAUGCUGUCCCUUGUGCGUAUGUUCAGGGUCUCAGAAGAUAAACUUGAUCGCCAUGAGUUCAGAGAAAAGGCUUUCGGGGACCAGAUGAAGAAAAUCCUUUCCACAAUCGAAAAGAGACAGAGAACUCUCGAACCUUUGAAGGGAAUGAUCUCUCGCCUCGAUGAGAGACUGUCUAAUGUUGAAAAUAUAUUUAUACAAAAAGAAGAAAAAGAAAAGGCCACACAGAAGAAAACAAACGAACUUCUAGAAGAUAUACAGAAAUCUUUACAAUCUUUGACAACUACCGUGACAAAGAACUUGAAAGCACCAAUUAAUGUGGAGAAUAAUCUCACAACAGAUGACGUUCCUAUUGGUAUUCGACUGGAUGAUACUGAUGCAAAGCUGGAUGCCGUUAAGCAGGAGAUAGCAGCUCUAAAGAACAGUUUAAGUAAGGAGGCUCUUCGUGCAGUGUGUUCUGAAGUCGACGUGAACCCAUUUGAGAGGCACAUAUCGGAGGCCGAGAAACUCCUCAACAAAUAUGAAUUAAAACUGAACGAGUAUAAUGAGACGUCCAAGGUACAGACAGACUUUGUGCCCCUUAGCGAAGUCUCAUUGGCUGAUGAAGCGUGGCAUAGCAAAAUGACUGAAGUGAUGGAACGUCAAGAGAAGGAUAUAAAGAAGAUUCAACAACUAUUAUCGGACGCGGAAAGUAUGUGGAAAGACUUGCCAAGACUCGGAGACCUAAAACGGGCUACCAAUGACACACUGGAGGCUUUGCUUGCUUCGCAAACAAAUAUUACUGCUGCUGGAGACUUUUCUGCCGCAAAAAUUACAACAAAAAUACGUGAAAUGGGAGAACAUUUAGUCGCGACCAACAACGACAUUCAACAGAGCUUGACGCAGGGUAACACUAUGAGUGAACGAGCCUACAACGAUAUCCAGCACAGCUAUGAAACUUUGAGAAACGAGGUUCAAGCUUUCUCAAAGAACGAGAAUGUGAUGUUACAAACAGCAGACAACGUUUUAGCCAACAAAAAACGCAUUGAAUACGGCGUCAACAGAAUCGUUAUGGAGGUGGGAGAGCACGUUAACUUGCAGGCACAGAGUCUUAACAAAACAUUGCUUGACAGGUUAGAUACAAUACAAAAUGAAUUGAUGGCAAACCAAUCGCUCGCACAUGGGAAUCUGACAGCCAAAAUAGAGUCUGAGAUGUCACAAGUAUGGCGGCAGAUUGGCAUCAUGUACAAACAGAUGACCGCCAGCAAGUCCACGCUUGAUAAACUCACGGAACAAACCCAACAAUAUGUUAAUGGCAGCGCUACGUCCUUGGACGACAUGAAAAAUAAGGUGGGAUUUAUUUCAACCCGAAUGAUUGAAGUGCAAGAAAAUCUGAAUUUCUUAUUGGGAAGUUUGAAGCUGGUCACCGAAGAGUUUAGUCAGAUCAAGACUGGUCUUGGCGAUGCCCUGGAUAAAGCCAAAACUGACUUACAUGAAGUGCGAUCAAAAAUCAAAGAUGACGGGGCCGGAUGCCGAUCAAAUAAAUUCAAGUUAUUCGUGAAGCCAAAUAAGUAG